UUUCUCGUCAAAAGUGAUUAGAUAUAAAUAGUGCACUGAAUGUUAAGAAAGUCAUCAUUCAGGGUUUAUUCAUCCAUAAGAUAAUACCAAACAGCAACAUGAAAUUCGUAGUUUUGGCUCUUGCUCUCAUCGGCGCCUCUUCAGCUGGAUACGUCGCUCCAAUUGGAUUGGGACAUGGUAUCGGUUAUGCCGGUGGAUUGGGAUGGGGACAUGGUGUAGCCGCCCCAGCUGUCGCUGCCUACUCUACUCCAGUUGUUAGCCAUGCUGUUGCUGCUCCAGUUGUCAGCCACGCUAUUGCUGCCCCAGCUGUUGCUGCUUACCACGCCCCAGUCGUCAGCCACGCUGUUGCUGCUCCAGCUAUUGCCGCUCAUGCUUAUGCUGCCCCAGCUAUCGCUGGUCACGCUAUCGCUGCUCCAGUUGUCUCACAUGGAUACGGAGCUUGGGGAUAUGAUGGUCUCUGGAAGAAGAAGGCCGCUGCUCACUAAAGGGAUACUUAUGACGAAUUAAAUAAAGCAAGGAUAACUUAAAA